GGUGAAUGUGAAAGCUCAGAACAAGAGACUUUAAGGAACGGCAGAUGGGUGAGUUGGGUAGUAAAGGUUUUGGCGCAAAAAAAGAUCUGCACAUCAUUGUGAUCAUCUUAGUUCCAUCAUUUUCUAGCGCUUUGAAUCAGAUUUCAAACUAGCUUUUGACAAUUAUACGACUGGUGGGGUCAGAAUUGUUCUCUCGAUUCCGGAAUUUUACUUUAGCCAUGGAUGGAAAGGGACCCCGGCCCCUCACUUUGCCUCGUGAGAGAAUAACUGUACUGCAAUUUCACAAACAGCGCGCUUCUUCGUAUUCAUCUGGCGGUGGAGAUGCUUAAAUUAGGGAUUUCAAGCAAUUGGGGAUUUCAUCUUCCUAUUCAUCCAAUUAUGAUUUCCUAAGUUCCCGCUUGUAUUAGAGAUUUCAAGCAAUUGGGUUGUGGAAUCUGAGAAAGGCUUAAGCUAAUAGUUGGUAUAUAGCAGUGGAAAAUGCGAAUGGCAGGCUCGAGCAGGCGCCCAAGAAUGGAAGAUAAGCUUCCAUUUCCUUAUACAUUUGUUGUAGCGGCCUUUGGACUUCUCGUUACAGUCUCUGCGGAUUCAGGCAUAUCUUCUUUCAGCACACAGGCAUUAGGCAUCAACUAUGGGCGCGUGGCAGACGACCUUCCUCCACCAUCCGUAGCCGUGGAGCUGAUUCGACAACUCAAGGCUAGUUAUGUGAAAAUCUAUGAUGCCAACCCGGAAGUCCUCUCUGCCCUAUCUGGAACGGGUCUCCAAGUGGUGAUCACGGUGAGAAACGAAGACAUCUCCAACAUUUCAUCGUCCCCGUUAAUAGCCAAUGCAUGGAUCCAAACCAACGUGCUCCCCCACUACCCCUCCACACUCAUCACCACAAUCAUGGUGGGCAAUGAGGUGCCCUCUCAAGGGGAGUCAGACGAGUUGGCCCUCUUAGUCCCGGCCAUGACCAACAUCCACUCGGCCCUGGUAGAUCACAACCUAGGGGAUGCCAUCAAAGUGACCACCUCCCUAGCAAUGGACGUCUUCGCCACCUCCUACCCACCCUCGGCGGGUGCCUUCCGUGACGACCUCAUAGACCUAGUGUUGCAACCCAUGUUGGAUCUUCUCUCUCGCACCAACUCCUACGUCUUCCUCGAUGUCUACCCCUUCUUCGCCUGGUCUUCUGACGCCACCAACAUAUCCCUGAACUAUGCCCUAUUGGACGUCGAGCAUGUUGGAACAAGCAUAAUGGAGGACCAAGGCCUCACCUAUUCCAACAUGCUUGAUGCCCAAUUGGACGCCGCCGUUGCUGCCAUGGAAAAAUUGGGCCACUCAGACAUUCCCUUGGUGAUCAGCGAAACCGGGUGGCCUACCAAAGGUGACGACGACGACGACGACCAACAACCCGGGGCCAGCAUCUCCAAUGCCGCCCAAUACAACCAAAAUCUAGUCCGCAAGGCCCUCGCCCGUCCCCCCACUGGGACCCCCCGCCGCCCGGGCACUUUCAUCCCCAUCUUCAUAUUCUCCCUUUUUAACGAAGAUGACAAGCCCGGACCCGAAACGGAGCGUAACUGGGGCCUCUUUUACCCGGACGGCUCGCCCGUUUACCCCAUCGUUUUGUCCGGCCAGACCGGCCCCGUUUCUCACGUUUAUACCAGCCCUUCUAAAAACUCUUCUCCCGGAAUUCAAUGGUGUGUAGUUUCCCCAAAUGCCCAAGUCGAAGAAGACGACCUUCAGGAGGCCAUUGAUUUUGCUUGUGCUGCAGGAGGAGAUUGUUCUCUCAUUGAACCCAAUCAGCCCUGUUAUUUGCCCAAUACUCUCAUUUCCCAUGCCUCUUAUGCAUUCAAUACUUAUUGGCAGAGGACCAAGGGUUCUGGAGCCACUUGUGACUUCAAUGGAGCUGCUGCACUCACCAAUUCCGAUCCAAGUUUCCAAGGAUGUGUAUUCGAGCAUGACUAAGUAUGGAAGUUGAAGCCACCGCAUUGUCCAUAUUCUUAUUAUCUUAUUAUACUAAUUUGUAAUAUGUAGAACGCAAUUUGUAAUAUCGAUUGAUAUAUCUAUAUAUAUAAAACUUUUCUUCCAAAAAAUGGGCUUGUAUUGGAAGUGACAACGCCAUAAAAGUCUAUCUAUCGUUUAGAACGUAAGUUUCUUGCAUGCCUUUGUGCUUGAUUUAUACAUGUUGCUCCGUAGUUGAAGUGAUGUAUUUUUAGGUUUAUAUUGCAAGAAGAAUAAGAUUGCAGAUGCUUCAAA